AUGGCUUCGUUUUUAACAUGGCUUGGGCGAUUGGCUUUCUUCGGUCUGAUAAUUACACAGUGCUUAUUUUUAUCUGCUUAUCUCGCGAGGUAUGAAGGCAGUUCCAAUUGGUAUCUCACGACCAUUUUCUUUGGCCCAGCAGUUUUUGUUUGGAUUAUUCGCCUACUAUUCAAAGCCCUGCACCUUGGCUGCCUCUUUUGUAUUUGGGUUUUUUGUAUUGUGGCUUUGGUUGUAAACAUGGAAAUGGUGUUUGUAAUCGUCGGAGAUAGAAUCGACAAGACAGAGUUUUUAGGACCAAAUGUAUUGAAAAUGAUUCUGUGCAUCACACCACUUCUGCUACUACUGUUGCUAAACAGAGGGAUUGUUUCCGAGUUGUGUUUUCCCAUGGCCGUCGAUCUGUUCGAUGGAAUCGAGAUGAUAGAUAUCGUGUUAGAAGAAAGAGAGCACGACUUUGGAAUACCGCAAACAUUCAGUACAGCAAUGAUCGUGUUGGCUUGCCUCAGCAUGUUGGUAUCACUCUGGCAAAUGGCAGAAAACAAACUCACCGAAGAGGGGUGGAACAUUCGUUUCCGUAGCGCUCUACACCGCAAUAUUGUUCAAAUAGUUUGCGUAAAUCUGCUAUUCUUAGUUAUUCGUGCGGUGGUGUUCUUUGUGUUUGGCAAAAACGAGUCCAUCUUCAUCAAGAAUGGCAUAGCAAUAGUACUUUCCAUUUUGGAAAUUCGUCGUAAUCGACGCCGUUUACGUCGGCGGAGUGUAAAGAACAGCAGAAUUCAGGUGUUUACAAUGGAUGGUGAACCUGUGUUUAAGUUUGGAGACAGCGGCCCAGAGAGGCUGAAUCAUCCGCUCGUUUGCAUUUGUUUCGUGGACAAACUCAUUGUAACUGAUCCUGGAAUUUCGAAAGAUUUUGGGACAGGAUUGAUCGCCAUGGCUUCCAUGAGUUUUCUGUUGACCCUGUUACAAAAUGGUGGAAACAACCUCGGCAAAAUUGAUGGAUGCGUUUCGCGUCGUAAAAAAGCGGUGAUUGCGCCUUAG